AAAAGGUUUUAUUAAAAAAAAAGAUAUAUACAAAUACGAGGAUUAUUAUAUGAACAAAUCGAAAAAGGCUUUUUGAGCGUCGUCCGAAGAGAAUCAAUCAAGUGAAGUGAGUAUUACGAAGUCGUUUUGGAGUUCAGUUGAAUAUCUAUCUAUCCAUUAUUUUCUUUUGGCCAAUGUUUCACGAGCCAGUCACGACUACACCGUCGUUAACCGAUGAAAAUGGAAAUACAUAGAAACAAAACAAUAGAAGUUGAGAAAUACUAAAGCUUGUGUCUCUGUCUAUCAGCCUCAUAGCCUUGUCUGUUUUUUUUCUUACGUCCUACUCAUUCUUCCCACAGCAUCAUUUAGCAACCAACCAUUACCAUUCCCUCUGAUCUCUCUCACCUAGCUAGCUACUCAUCUUCACUCCUUGCUCCUUUCAUUAUUUUCUCUUAGAUUCUGCAUCACCGUGUUCACAAAAAAAGUUUACACUAGUUACUGAGUACUACUUCUGAAACCACUUUUCUUCCUGGUUUGCUUCUGUUGCGAGGCCCAUUGGAGGUUUCAUCUUUUGUUCAUUAUCACUUAAAAAAAACUUAAUUCUUUUCUCUUUCCUUGGUGUUAUUGCUGAUGGAGGGUCCUCACUGUUCUUGCGCUAGUUAAUCCACUCAUAAAUAUUGUUGAUUGUUUGGGUCAUUGAGGAGAGAAAAUAGGCCUUUUCAGUAGUUGUGUCUGUGGUGCUUCACUUCUCUCACUUUAAGUCCUGUUGAAUUGAAGUUUAUAUUGUUAUUUUAAACCGUUAAAAAAAAAUCAGUUCUUGUGUCUUCUUUUUUAGGUUUUCAUGAUUGGUAGGAGGUUUUUUCUUUAUCUAAUCAUUCAGGUCUUGGCUUCUCGCUGCUGAAAAUUAGUGUAUGAUAUUGUCUUGAACUGUGAACUUUUGAUUGAGAGGGGCUGCAAAGUUGUUCAAUUUUUGGAACAAGAUGGCUGAAAGGAGAUUGAAUAUUAAUGCCCCUCUCAUGUCUGUGAGACGCUCUGCUGCUACACCACCAUCCUUGACUGAAGCAAAGAAGAAGAUUCUAGAGAAACGCCACACUCUUCCAUACUACAAAUCAGACACAUUCUCGGAUCAGGUUACAGAACCUGUUGCAGUACCUUUCAAUUGGGAGCAUAUCCCUGGAAGACGCAAGGGUAAUGGUGGAUCUGAGCCUCAACCUCCUAAGGCAACUUCAAUCACUCCAAGCCCAAGACUUCCCCCAGGAAAAUCUAUCAAUGCUACCAAACAACCAUUGGAAAAGGAAAGUAAGGCUGCAAAUAAAUCAAAGUCUUUCAAUGUUAGUGUGGUUAAGGUAGACUCUGACAAAGAGAGAAAAGUCGAAAAAAUAGUUGAGAGCAGAAGGUCCAAUGUGAAGUAUGAUGAUGAUGACGACAAUGAUGAUAAUGAUGCUUAUUCUGAUGCCCUUGAAAAUCUGUCACCUACAGAAUCAUUCUCCAUGAACUGUAGUGUGAGUGGUGUAAGUGGAUUGGAAAAUCUGGGUGCAAACAAGUCUGGAUCAUUCUCCACAGAUCAACAAACUAGAGACUUCAUGAUGAGCCGAUUCUUGCCUGCUGCAAAGGCUAUGACUCUACUGCCUCCUCAAUAUUCUUCAAAAAAGCAAUCUGCACUAGUAGAGCAACAGCCUAGAGAUGUUAGCAAAUUGGUUCGCGAUGAUAAGAAGCAAUUGCCUAUUAAGCAUAACACUGCUAUUAUACCAUACACUGGCCAAAAUCAAGAGGAAGAAAGUGAAGAUGAAGUUGAUGAUAAUGAGUAUGACAACUCUUCUAAUAUCGCAGCUAAAGGCUGUGGGUUGUUACCUCAAUUACAUAUCAGGAAUUCAUUGUGCUUAUUGAAUCCUGUUGCUGUGAUGAAAAUGAAGAACCAGGCUCCCUUGCCUCCAGCCAGUGAGGUUGUGAAACCUAACAAAAGUUCUCAUAUUAGAUCUUUUAGCCCAGUUCCUGCUGUAAAGAAGGCUUGGGAGGCAAUUCACAAGAACAAAUCAAGCUCUAGGGCUGCAUCACCUGACAAACAAGAGGGUAAAAAGAAAUGGACUAGUGAAUCAAACAGAUUUACCUACUCUGGUGAGUUGCUGCCAGGUAGACUCUCCCCCUUCCGUCGUUCAAGAGCUGCUGCUGCUGGUAUAUCUCCCUGUCGAAGUAAACCUCAAUCUCCCUUUCGUGGUGCUAAGUUGCCUGGGGAUACUAAAGAGGCUGAGAAUUAUAAGUUUGGCAAGGUGAAAUUCCACAGCGGUGUGCUUGGAAAUGUUCAUGACGUGCCAUCCCAAGGAGCCAAAAGAACUUCAUAUUCAGGGAAUCUCACAAUUGAAAAGACAUUGUACAUAGAUACUGCCAGUACAGCCAAAUUAUCAUCUUCAAAUAUAAGUUCUUUAGAUAACAAUCGGAGGGUAGAUACUGUUGUUGCAGAUUUAGACAGAAGAAGGGGGAAAAUUGGAUCUUCUCAAGAGAUAAAACAAGUACGUGCUGUGGAAGAAAAGGUCACAUUUGAUACUGAUGUGUUAAGUGCUUUUGAUUCAAUUCCACCAAGUCUGUAUAGAAUUUUGAAUCUCACAGCCAAAGAAGAAAGAGAUGAAGGAUUGACAACUGAUCAAAAUAUUAGCCAAGAACCUGUGUCCUUGCAAUCUGUGCAAGGGACAUUUGCUGAAGAUCCAAAGACCAACACCCAGCAAAUUGUGUUAGCUAAUGAUUCAGGAAAAGGUAGUGCUGUAUCUGCUGUGUCUCCUCUUCCCCCACCUUUGCCAAAAUCACCUUCCGAAUCCUGGCUUUGGCGUGCCCUGCCUUUAGUUUCUGUGAAGAAUUCUUUCCUGCACUCAAGUCAAGGUACUCAAUCCCAAGCUAAAAGGCAUGAUUCUAAUACAACAUCUGGUAAUCUCAAGUGGGAAACAAUAGUGAAAACUUCAAAUUUGCAUCAAGAUCAUGUUCGCUAUUCUCAGGAACUACCCACACGUAAAUCUCAGCACUAAAUCUUAGACAUGAAACUCAGUAUCAUGUUGUGGUCAAGCUUUUAGUGUCCUCCUUUUCUAGUUAAUAUACUUAUGCGGUUGGCUUCACGCUCCUACCCCUGUUGAUUUUCGUGAUACUGUAUUGUUUAGAGAGAAAUCAAUGUCAUUUUUUGGUGAUCAAUAAAAUUAUAAAAGCAAAGCUUCUUCUGGACUAGUGGCGCUUUCAGUGGAAUCAAGAUUUCCUCACCUGCCCUACAGAAGUGGAUAUCGGCUAGUACUGUGUGCCUUUUCAUCAUGUUGCUUUAGUCUUCUCUUUUUUCUGCUUAAUCAGAGGAAUGAUCCUUUAGGUUGCCUCACCUGGUGCUACUUAAUCUUCAGGUAUAAGCAUUAUUUUUAUGUCAACUGACAUAAGUGAUUACUGUUAUCCAAGCUUUGUUGAUUGUUUCCUUUUUUAUUUUUAUACACAGAGAAAAGAAUCCUUUAAAUAUUUUAGUUUGGCUUUCCUCAGCACUUUCAGAAGCUUUUUGUCCAAGUAUGUAAAUCAGAUUACUUCUGAAUUAUGAGAAAUUUCAGAUUCUCAUUUGUUUGGGGUAUUUCUUAUGUGAUGCUGUUAGCAAAACCUGGCACAGCAACUAAACAAAGAAAUUGUAAUCAAUUGCAUCACUGAUAUAUUCAAGUAAAUUGUAAACUAUAUUAAUGCUGUUCCCUUUA